GUAUUUUCAGAAGAAUGCUUGUGUUCCUAAAACAUACAAUCCACUUCCUGUCUGUGGCUGCAAUCCUAUAAAUGCUUCACAAGGACAUGAGUUUCGUUAAAGUCAGUGGGUCUUAAUUCUACAUUGACUAGCGUAGGAUUGCACUGUUUGUCAGAAGUGGGAAUGCAUCCCUCCAAGCCUCUCUACUUUGUCCUCAGGACCCCCCAGACCAUGUCCCUCCAUAAGCCCUGCUUUCUACCCUUUUGCCCUUGCUUCAGUUUGUGUGGAACAUGAAUGGUGAUAAUCCUUCUCACUUGCCAGGAUGGGGAGAAAGGUGUGUGCAGAGGGUGUAGUUACCUCUGGCUUUUGCAUGACUGUAUAAAAUAUCCCAUCCCUUGCUCUGCACACUUUUGCAUUCACCCUUUCUGACACUUUUAGCCUUACGUUGUAUACCUGUGAAGGUAUUUCUCACUGCAGAAUCUGCUUUCAGGUGACUGGCUGCAGGUACAUCCUCCUUCCCUGUUUUUAACUCUUAACAGGGCAGGGUCGGAGCCAGGAUUUUCUAGGCUUCUAAAUAGCAUGGAGAGCCUCAGUGAACAGAACAGGCUCCCCUCAGUAGGCAUACAGUAAAGGUAAAGAACCCCUAACAGUUAAGUCCAGUCGCAGACGACUCUGGGGUUGCAGCGCUCAUCUUGCUUUACAGGCCGAGGGAGCCGGCGUUUGUCCGCAGACAGUUUUUCCGGGUCAUGUGGCCAGCAUGACUAAGACGCUUCUGGCGUAACGGAACACCGAAACUAGAGCUCUGCUCUCCAUCACAGAGUUCUAAGCACAUAGGGAUUAGAAUGCCAGAGUCCUGCUUCUGCCAUGCAGUGAUCUCAUCUUGCACUUUUAAAUUUAUACACCCAAUCUCCUAGAAGUACCUUGCCCCACUUUGCCUAGAUCUCUUUCAUAAACUCCACUAGAAAUGCAGCAGUAUCUUCCUUCAGCUUCUCAUACUUCCCGAGUGCCUGGUUCUAAUAUUUCUGCCUUUAACUGAAAUAAAUCUUUAAAGUAUUGCAUUACAAGAGGGAGCCACCCUCAUUCUUGAUGAGUUUCAAAGGACUAGUAGUGCUGUUCACAGUAAGAAUUGUCUAGCUGUAAGGGAAAAAAGUCUCUGGGAAUUAUAGAAGUGUAUUGAGUUACCUGUCUAGGAAUUAUGCUACGUCAGGGACUGAGUCACUAAAAACAAGCCCUCACAUGUGUAUUUAAUAACAUCUGUGCUUCCAAUAUUUAGUAGUGAAAUCAGUUUUAAAGUUGUGUAAGCAUGUUACAGCAGAAUCAAUUUAAUUAGUGUUUUAAAUGCUUUUGCUUGCAGUUGGUGACAUCAAACCCAUAGGAUUGCAACUUUGAGAACAGGUUCUUGUUUUGUUGAUACGAUGUCCGUAUUAUGAUGUCUGAUUUUCCUAGUAGUAGUUCUAAAGCUCUAGCUACUGAACAGAAACAAAUAUGCUCCUGUGAGAUGUGAGGACAGAGAAAUGCAUAGUGUUAAUCUUUAUAUAAAUAAAUGGGAGCUAAAUACUUAACCUAAUGCAUAUGAAAAAUGACAGCACUGUAUAUAUUAUAGCCAUAAUGAAACUAAUUGACCAAUACGUUGAUAAUAUUUUAAAUGUGGAACAGGAGCAAACCAAUCCCAUAUCUGUCUCCUGUUAUCCUUUUCCUAUUAGCAUGAGCCACAAUCGACUAAAAAGUGGUCUCAGUGUCAUUUUGGAUGCUUCUUAGCUGGUGCCUGCUGCUUAGGAAGUUUGGGCAGUUUCUACAAUUGUUCUCUUAUUACUCUACCAUGAAUGUAAGCUAGCCCCUUUUGUUAUCUGUAUAAACUUGUCUGUGGCUAGUUAUUUUGUCUGUGUAUUUGAGAACAACCUACUUGCUUUCCUCUUGCAGUUUGUUUCCAAAGAAGUCAGUCCAGCGACAGUUAUUGUUGAUCCUCUUUUUCAAGCCAAAACAGAUUACAAACAGUACGGUAUCCGGGCAAAGCUAGAUGCUGCAGUAACAUGCACAGAUUUAAACAUGGUUUAAAGUUAAACCACGAGCUCCAAAGCUUUGUGAGAUACUGAUUUGCCAGGACUGUGGCCAGGGAGGAGCUGAGCUUGAGCUUUCGGUUUCAUCCGGAACUUUGGGAGCGGCUUUCCAAUGCCUAAUGGCGGAUUAAAAUAAAAUAAAAUAAAAAUCUUAAAGGGGUGAAGGAGGCGCUGGACGGGAGAGAAGGUCUCCAUCGCGGAAGGCUGCCUGCGCGCCAUUCUACUCCAACCUGAGAAUGUGGCCAACAUCUGUGACUCCCUCCAAACCCAUUGAGACAUUUGUUUUUAUGGACCUGGAAGCAACAGGCUUACCACCCUCACAGCCUAAAAUUGCAGAAAUGUGCCUGUUUGCUGUGUCUAGACAUUCCUUGGAGAAUCCUCAAUACAGCAACCCUCGCCCAAAACCACUACCUCUCUUACCACGGUUAGCAGAUAAGCUGUCGGUUUGCAUUAAUCCAGACAAGCUGUUCACCCCGGCAGCAAGUUCCAUUACAGGACUGACGAAUGAAGCGUUUGCCAUGAACAGAAAGCAAACCUUUAACUUGCAUCUUUUGCACAUGAUUGUGGCCUUCUUCAGACGGCAGCACCCACCAAUCUGUUUGGUAGCACACAACGGCUAUGGUUAUGAUUUUCCUUUGCUGAAAGCUGAACUCUCUGCGCUGGGUCACUUAGCCCUUGACGAAAUCUAUUGUGCAGAUACUAUUAAAGCCAUGAAAGCCUUGGACAGCGAGAACAACCAGCUUCAGCAGUUUGCAUACCAACCUAGUGCACCUGGCAGCAGGAAAAAAUAUGCUCUUCGAGACUUGUAUUUUAAAUUCUACAGAGAAUAUCCUCCGAACAGUCACAAUGCAGAAGGAGAUGUCAUUGCGCUAAUAAACAUCUUUCAACAACGUGCCAGCGAUCUUAUGUGCUGGAUGGAUUCAAAUGCAAUUCCAUUUAAUUCCAUUAGAGCCAUGUACAAGGAAAAUGAGAGAUACGCUUCCUUUUCAAAAACACCUGGAAACAUUCAACCACCCCACUCCAGUCACUUACAGAUGCAGUCGCGGCAAAGGGUAGCAGCAUCUACUUCACGCUGGCCUUUUCCAGAAGGUGGUGAACCAGCAGAUAAUAAUUAUAUUCCACUAAGCCAUAGAAGUGCUGAUAAAUAUUUCAUAAUUCCUGACGAAAUUAAGAGUGUUCAGGGUAUUUUGAUUCUGUUUCUUGGGCUAGUAGUCAUGUGGGUUGCAGUUAAAUACCCUGUUUAAUUUAAGAAUAUGCAUUGGAUUUUGUAUAUUAUAAGUUGCAAGCUGCAAAAAUGUGUUUCCACCAGCUCUGGUUCUUAUUUUCUCCCUCCAUUUAGAUCUUCUAUAACCCCUAUUUUAGAAAAGGGGCAUUGGUUUCCAGUUUGUUUCUCGGCCCAAUUCAAAGUGCUCACACUGGUCUUUAAAGCCUCAAAUGAUUCAGGUUCUAAAUAUCUGCCUCCUUUUGUACCGAGCCUCUUGUGUGCUGAGAUCAGCAGAGAAGGUCCUCUUGGUAGUUCCUCUGCCCUUAGAGGUUCAGGGAAGGCAUUCUUUGUGGUGGCCCCUAAGCUGUGGAACUCCCUUCGCACAGAGAUGCUUCCGGCACUUUCAUUUUACUGUUUUUGGAGAAUGCUGAGGUUUGAGGUUUAUGUUCUUAGGAUGCACUUUAUUUUUAUGGCUAUUGUUUUAAACUGUUUUUAAUACUAUGUUUCAACGCUGUAACCUGCUCUGGGAUCUUAGGGUAAAGGGUGGAUAAUAAAUUAAUAUUAUUUUGGUGAUUCUUGCUGUUAUUAUUUUGUUGGUGUCUUCAAGGGCUGUGAUUUUUUUCCUCUUUUUUUUACAAGCCAUUCUGCACAAUGUAAAA